AUGGGCCCUCUGAGGAACGUGCAGGGAAGAACACGCCCACGCAGAGAAACCAAGAACACUGCCAGUGUGUUUGACGAUUCGGAGCGCGACGAUCUCGCAGACUUCCAAGACGUUGAGCCUCCCUCGAAGCGGAUACGAACCUCGCGCAAAGCGCAAUUACCAUCUAAGUGGAUACCAGGAGGUCGUGGAGGAGGUGGAAGACAUGUUGAUAAAGAAGGCACUCCUUCGGCCACACGUACACCGCGCGGAAAAAAUGACUAUGCGCUUCCUCGGACGCGCCCCCGUACAAGCCGCGAUCGACGAAGAACAAUGACAAGCACCCCUCGAUACUCGGCCAGGAGUAGGAACCGGGGCUCUACUCGUCCUCGGUACAGCACCGCUGCCGCAGCUUCUGCGGCCGUCGCACACGGCGAUGGGUAUAAGCCAAGAGAGGAGCGAGGCUGGGAAGAGUUUCAUCCGGAUCUGGAUCUUGAGGCCGAUUUUGCGGUCAUACCCUCCGAAGAGAUCGAUGGACUGGUGAAGAAGCCUACGAUGAAUGGAACUCCUGAAGAGGGCGGUAUGUCCACAGACGGAGUCACUGCCACCUUGGGGAGCGCGACUCCUCCCAAGAGAAGACCUGGGAGACCCCACCGCACGCAUAAUUCUAUGGUCAACGCACUUCUCACGCCUGAAGCCCCAAAGUUGGUUCCGGUGCCGGGUCCCAAUCCUCGGGAACGAUUAACACUACCGAAACCCUCAUACCGAAUACUGGAUCCGUUCGUGUCCUACGAGCAAAAGGACUUUGCACAAGUGGACUUUGUGGACAAGUCUAUGGCAAACGUGGGUUAUCAAGAGAGUGAAAUAUUCCUGCGACCAGCUCGUAACUAUAUAAGGCAAACGGAAGGCUCUGCCGAAGAAGAUCUUGAUCUGAGCCCGGACCUUAUUACGAACGGGGAGAAUUCGGCCAUUGGUAGCAGCGGUGUCGGACGUGUCGAGUAUGACAUGGAUGAACAAGAUGUCAAGUGGCUGGAGUCGUUCAACAGAGGACGCAUCAAGGAUGGAGUCCAAACCAUAAAACCUGCAAUCUUCGAAAUCACGAUGACCAAGAUCGAAAAGGAAUGGCACGCGCUAGAAAAGAGGAUCCCAAAGCCGAAUCCUAAGGCCCCGCAGACGCAGCGGCCACGGUCCAGCUCUGCCGCAGCUGUGAACGGCGAACCCGCAGGGGAAGAACCGGACAGCAAAUGUGCAAUAUGUGACGAUGGUGACUGCGAGAACGCCAACGCAAUUGUCUUCUGUGAUGGUUGUGACCUCGCUGUGCAUCAAGAAUGUUAUGGAGUGCCUUACAUCCCAGAAGGUCAAUGGCUGUGUAGAAAAUGUCAACUGGUAGGGAAUUCCCGGCCAAGUUGCAUUUUCUGCCCGAAUGAGGGAGGUGCAUUCAAGCAAACGAACAACUCGAAAUGGGCACACCUCUUCUGCGCCACUUGGAUUCCCGAAGUAACCAUCGGGAAUCCAUCCCUUAUGGAGCCUAUAACAGAUGUCGAAAAGGUACCUCCGGGACGAUGGAAGCUUGUAUGUUAUAUUUGCAAGCAGGAGAUGGGUGCCAGCAUUCAGUGUAGCGAUGGCCGUUGUUACGAGGCCUUUCACUUGACGUGUGCACGCCAAGCAGGUUUGUAUCUGCGGAUGAAAACCGGAGGCGGUCAGAACACCCUCAUGGACACGUCGCAGCUCCGCGCAUACUGCCAUAGACACACUCCUGCAGACUGGAAAUACGAGCACAAUACCGACAGAGCCUACGAAGAAGCGACAAAAUACUUCAAGGAACAUUUUCGUGGGCAGAUCUGGGCCGACAGUCGCGCGUCUGCUCUGGCGAUCAAUGACACGCACGACAUCCCGAACACUGAUCGAGGUCAUCUCAAGGUAACCCUCACGAAUAAGAAAGGACAGAAGCAGAAAACAAUCUGGCGGCUGCCUUCGGGCGCUCCUGUCAUCCCGGAAGUCAUUCUCAAAUCAAUUGAAGAUUCCCUGGUUAGGUUCACGGUUCAACGGAAGAAGGAGUUUGUCUCGGAGAUUUGCAAAUAUUGGACUCUUAAGCGCGAAGCACGCCGAGGUGCGGCGUUAUUGAAGAGAUUACAACUACAAAUGGAUACCUUCAGCUCUUUUGAGGUAACACGACGCGACUACAAGGCUCAAGGCGCAGCUGGCCGUGCCAGGUUAGACCGCCGAAUCGAAUUCGCCGAAAGGUUGGCCGAUGACAUGAAGCGGAUUGUCCAACUUUGUGAUUUGAUCAAGCAACGUGAAGCACUGAAAUUGCAGGAAGCUUUGAUGUUGAAGGAUGUCGUUGACACGGUCUACUUCCCCAUUCCGCAUGUGUUGGAGGCAAUUGUGGAUAAAGCGCUGAAGCUUGAUCGUGGUCUGUUCCGAGACGAGUUGCUUAAACUUCGUACUCGAGUCCUGAGGAAGGAGCACACUUCAGUAUCGAGCUUCGCCCAUGAUGUUGUCAGUGUUAUCAAUUCACAGUUUGGCAAUGACGCAGGUAAUCUCUCCGAGCUGGUCGCCCUCGUGAGUGGUAGGGCCGAGGAUAUGAGCCCCGAAGACCGAGAUCGACGCACACUCGCGCGGCGUAUUGUGAAGGCCAUCGAACCGCUCAUUGAUGACGCUGGCCGCAAAGAGGCUGAGUUGAAUGGGCGGCCAUACGCGCAGCAGAUUAGGGAACUGGACGAGGCACUUGUAUCUCGACGUGACUCUCUAUUGGCGGAAUCAUUUGGCAUGCCCGUCCUUGACUCUGUCGAACCUAAGCACGAAACGGGGAUAGCAAGCCCAGAGGACGGUGAUGUUGAGAUGAUGGACUCUGCGCAUCCAACUAACGAGUCGCCCGUUGACCACGAGACGGUCGAAGUCAUUAAGGACGUUGCUGAGAAAGCAGAUCUCUUCAAGCAGGAUGGGCUUCGGGUGGAAGUUAAUGGACUGUCGGUUGAUACACCGCCUGCCUCUACAAAUGGCUUCCGACACGACCAUCUCACAAAUGGUGACAUCGUCAUGGGAGAAGUCCAGCGCAUUGAGCCCCCCACGCCUCCUAUGAGUCUGCAAGGGCACUCUCAAAUACUAUCCUCUCAAGGCGGGAUCCCCUGGUAUGCUACCCCUUUUGAUCCCGAGGGCACGACUAUUUUCGAAGAGCGAUGGACUGGCCCAGAAGUUUUGCGAGAGAUGAGCGAGGAGUUGAGUGAGAUGGAUGAGGACGAACUCCAGGGUCUAGGGGCAGGCGACGAUAUGGCUGAAGCCACCGAUGGCGCUCACCAGGCCCUUGAGGCAGAACGUACAUCUACUGACUCAGCGGCCAAGAAAAGAAUCCCAAAGAAGGCUGGCAAGCGCGGCAGGUCUUCUGGGUGGAGUGCAAGAACUUUCCGGCCUCGCAGAUGA